GACAGUAGUCGUUGUAGAGUUGAUCAUCUGGUAGUAGGACGUUGUCUCACUGACUUCUACGUCAAUCGCAGAUCUGUGGUGCCAGCAGGUUCAUCGUACUGCUACUUCCAACAUCCGGCUUUUCUGAAUUAAACCAGACCCAAAUUCCAAGUGAUCCCAGCCAUGGCCGCUAUUCAAACGCACGAAUUCAAAGUGACGAUGACCUGCGAAGGGUGUUCCGGCGCCGUCGAAAGGGUCCUCAGCAAAUACAAAGGGAAAGGAGUCGAGGAAGUUCUGAUUAGCAUUCCCGAGCAGAAAGUCAACGUGAAGACUACGCUGACGGCCAACGAAAUCCUGGAGGUUAUCAAGAAGACCGGCAAGGAGUGCGAGUAUCUCGCAACCAACUAACUAAAUUUUUGAAAACCCGAAUUCUCCGAUUACUUUAUUUAUAUUCUCAUUUAUCAACGGCAGCUGAACGAAAUGCGACUGUGAAAAUAAACAAGCAUACAAAAAGAAA